AUGGAAACUCAAAUUGCUCAUUUUGGAUAAACACCAGAGUAACUGUUUUAUAAGCCGCAUGCUCAAAAAAAUGAAGUAGUUGAUAAGACUUAGUGGUAGGCGGCAAAGAAUAAAAAGUCAUAAAGUAAAUUGAUCUAUUUAAUUUGUAAUAAGAACAAAGUAGUUAGCAUUCAGGAAGAUUUCACUUUAAUCUAAUGGUAGAUUGUUAAAAAUUAAUAACAGUUUUAAAUUGAGAAACAAGUGUAAUUACCUAGAAUUCAUUUUGAUGCUAUGAUCAAAUAUGUAUUACCACCAAUAUUAGUAUUGAUUGAAUAGUCAACCGUAUUAUUCGGUGGGAAUAACAAUGGAACACUUCUAUACUAGUACUUAGACAAUUUGAAGGUGUAGGGAGUGAUCGAAUUGGAAAGUGAGAUAAUCAACAAUCAUUGCACUGUGACCGUUCUAGAGUCAAAUAAACAAUAAAAUAUAGUGAUACUUGGAACCAAUAAGGGUUUGGUUUAUUAUUAUAGCAAGAUUCUGUAAAAUAAAUAGGAUAUAAAAUAAGAGGAAUUACUAAAGGGCAAAUAUGUGAUCUAUGACACAACCUCGCAAAUCAAUUCAAUCACGAUUUCAGAAUAACUCACCAUCUUUUGUGUUGGAACUCAAGACGGAACGAUAUUCUUAUAUAAUUUGUAUAAUCGCACUCUUUACAGAUUUAUAAAUCAUCCAAAAAGACUGCCUAUUUAUUAUCUAGCAUUAAGUUAUUCUCCAUUGCCUUGUAUUUUAUUUAGUUCCCAUGAUGAACGGGUUGUAGCAUAUUCAAUAAAUGGAUUCUUGCUACAAUUACUGUAAGUCAAAGGAAAUAUAGAAUACAUUUAAAUCAAGAAAUCACCUAUAAAUACCUUAGUUGUAAUCACUGACAAUAACGUCUUUGAAUAUAGACUGCCAUUUUUAGAUAGACUGUCAAUUGUCUCGUCCCAAAUGUGUACAAGAUUUGUUUAGGCAACAAAACAAAUUUCUAUUUAUGGUUGUAAAUCAGGUGAUCUGCGUGUAUUUUGA